AUGAUAAGAACAGCGCGAUUGCUUCUCCACGGGAGGGAGAGAUUGUACAGUACGUUAACGUGGAGACGCGACAAAUUGGAUUCGCUUAAAAUGCUAUCAUAUGAAUUUUACAAACGGAGCCAAGUCAAAAAGGGGGUGCCUGCAAAGCUGCAGGGGGAGAUGAGCCCAGAAGCAACGAAGCUAAGUACGCUUCCACCCGAUGAGCGACUGUACCGUGAAGCAGUAUCCAUAAGUCACUCCGUUGAGCAAAUGUUCCGUGAAGACAUAUAUAACAGCCAAAGCUACGUCCUAAUCCUGAAGGGGCUAGUGAACACACUCACUCAUGUGAGGGAGCAGCGGAACAGAGAACACUUGCGCAAAUUAAUAAGCACCUUUGUGGGUUUCUUCCAACCAUAUGUGCACCUCAUGAAUGAACAGGACGUCACCUUGUUGUUAGAUGUAAUGGCCAAGUGUUCCAUUCGCAAAACAGAAAUAAAUCACCUCAUAAUGCAGAGGCUCAGCAAGGGUGAAAAGGACACCUUGUUUCACUCCCUCAACCCAAAGAGUGUUUGUAUCAUUUUGAAUAACCUACACAAGGUAACAAUUCAGGGGAAUCAUGCCCCCCGCUACGCUAAUACAGCUCGUCGCUUAAUUAGUGAUGUGUUCCACUGCUACGUGGUCAACAGGUAUAAAAAUUUCUCCUUAGGACAAAUGAUAAUUAUUCUACACUCCAUGCAUCGGUAUGGUUAUGAAAAGUGCAGAGUGGCUGGCUUAAUAAGUCACGUUGCUCAGCGGGUUCUGAAGACGUGUGAAGGGGGAAAUGCUAUAACUGGGGGGGAUGCCAUUGGCCCUUUACCCUCCCUGGGCACAAACAAAAGAAGCAAAAUAAAUAACUCGAUUGAGUAUGAGAGCGAUACACGGUGUAACUACAAAACACACGAACGUACAACUCAGAGGAGUAGCUGUCCCCCCCCUACUGCGUGCUUAGCGCGAACGGAUGACCGAGCUUUUAUAUUCGACCUUCACAAUAAGUACGAGUUGAUCCUUUUCCACACGCUCAGCUGCUACUCCUAUUGCAACAACGAACUGCUUCGCGUCCUCCUGUGUGAGGUUAAGAGAAAGCUAUUCACCACGUACAACGAAAAGGAAGUGUGUAUGUUCCUCUCCGCAGUGAGUAAUUAUCUCGCCAUACCCACAACCAAAAGGUUUGAAGUGUAUGUCACGGAUGAGGAAAGUAAUAUAAAUGAAGACAAUCAAGUGUGUGCCUCGGAGUUGGUACGAACAAUUGUGACAAAGGAUAAGAAGAGGUUAAGCAAUUACACACAAUUUAGCAUCGCCACAAUUUAUAUUGUAUUGUCCAAAUUAAAUUUCUUUUACGAGAAUAAACAUGCAGAUGUUUUUUUCCUUCAUAAGUUAUUCCGUGCAAAAUAUUUUCCCCAAAAAAAAUUUUUUUUUUCCGUUGAAGAGGAUAACAUAACGGUCAAGACGAUAAUAAGUUUAUUAUUUUCUCUCAUUUUAAAUGGCCACGGGGAUCUCACUUAUUAUGCUGCUCUAUUUGACAGUUUGAUCCUGCAGCUGUGGGAUGGCACAGAAGGGCCCUCAACAGAAGACCCCCACAACGUGAACAAAGGUAAAAAGGCGCUACAAUUGCUGUCCGUGCAAAAUGCUCACCUCCUGUGUGUGAUUUACACAUACCUACAUUUACACAACAUGCUCGCCAAGUUAAAAAGGACAAAUUUACAUUUUUUCCACUUCCUCUUGAGUAAUGUUAAUUACAUGAAUUGCACUCACUCGAAGCAGCAUGUGUCGUCCCAAAUUCAUGCGGAAAUUAAUGCAACCAUUGGCUUGAUCAGAAAAAAAAAAAAAAAAAAUUUCGUCCUCACCAACGAGUGCUUUGUUUUUCCUUACUACGUAGAUAUAUGCCUGGGCAGACCGUGGGCGUGA